GAGAAGAUUUAAGAAGAAAUAAUUUAAAUAUAGAAAACAUAAAUUAAAAUAAAACGCUUUUAAUGUUUGAAUGCUUUAAAUGAUUUUUAUUUAAUAUCAUUAGUUAGUGAAUCGAGAAGAAAAUACUUGAAAAACGGUGGGUUGAUAUAUUUAGGAACAUUUAAUGAUGGCAGAGCCUUGUGCUAGUGAAUCAAGUGCUGGAACUGAAAGUGAUCAAGAUUUCGAUCCCACUGCUGAAAUGCUUGUGGAUGACUUUGACGACGAGAAGACUAUGGAUGAACAAGAACUUCUAGAAGAAGAAGAAGGAGUAGCUGGAGAAUUAGAUGAUCUUCAGAAGGAGGGAACUAUGCCUUUAGAAGAGCUGCUUGCCAUGUAUGGUUGCUGUAACCAGCAGAAUGUAGGAAGUCUUCAGCAUGUUUCUGUGGACUUACCUGAAGAACGUUUCAAUAAAGAUAUCUCUAAAGAAGCUGAAUGGGAUGAAGUGGACGAUGGUAGUCGGGACAAUGACGUUUUCGAAGGAGGAGAACACACUAACUCUACACACUUACUUCGAUCUGUAUCUCAUGCAAGUAUGACCUCUGAGUCUGAUUCUGGUGAUGAUUACUCAGUUGGGGAUGACUGGAGAAAAACCAUCCAGGUAGGGUCAGAUUUCCAGGCUGUUGUACCAGAAGGUCUUUGUAAAUAUGAUGAUGCACCAGCCUAUGAAAAUGAAGAUAGACUUCUGUGGGAUCCAUCGAAGCUUUCAGACAAAGAAGUGGAAUUAUACCUACAGCAAGCACAGAAUUCUUACCCUGAUUGUCAAGGUGUUCAGGCUAUUCCUUUGGGGAGUCAUAUCCGUGAUGAUGAACAGCUAUUGUAUUUGUUGUUACAAUGUGGACACAAUGUUGAAGAAGCUCUGCGUAGAAGACGAAUGCAGCCUUCUCAUCUAGUUGAUACAAUGAGUUUAUGGUCUGAAGAAGAAUGUCGCAGCUUUGAAAAUGGAUUACGAACAUAUGGAAAAGACUUCCAUUUAUUACAUCAGAACAAUGUAAGAACGAGAUCUGUUGGGGAAUUAGUUCAAUUCUACUAUUUUUGGAAGAAAACUGAAAGACACGAUGUUUUUGCUAGUAAAAACCGGCUUGAAAAGAAGAAAUACGCACUUCACCCGGGCACAACGGACUAUAUGGACCGGUUCCUAGAUGAACAAGAAAACUCCCCCACCCAGAGGGAUCAGUCUUCCAGUCCUUUUUAUCAACGACUCUUGUCUGGGGAGUCAAAACGGCAAGGUCCUAGUCCAUCUACUGCCACCGAAAAGAACGAGUCCAUUGGUGAGAAGACUAAUUUUCCUUUUACAAGAACAGAAGAAGGAAAAAGUGCAAAUUUUCAUGAGGGAGCAAAAAGUUUUGAGAAAGGAGUUGAUUCUGUGAGAACUAUUGGAGAAGGUAUGUCUUUGACUCACAUGAACAAUGGAAAUGUGGCCUCUCUGCACAUUAGGUCUACGUCAGAAAAACAACCAGUCACCUCAACUAGUAUUGAGACCCUCACCUCCCAGCCUGCUGAUUUCAGGAAUAUAUAUCCAAUUAAGCGUUAUAAUGAAGGUUCAGCAGUCCAUAGCUCAUGACAUCAUGUAUCUCAUGGUUCAUUGGUUAAUUACACAAGUCAUAACUUCAUUAAAGCUUCAGCAGGUCACUGAAUGUGCAGAAAAAGAGUGCAAUUGUUCCAUCUCAUGUGAGGGGAUGACUUUAAUACGGUGAAUUGUAAGGUGUUUUAUUUGUGACAGACUGGAUUUAUGGAAUAAUCAUGUAAUUCACACACAAAAAAGAAUAGUUUGAGGGUUCCUUUAAGAAAAAAAAAAAAAUAGAUACCAUGAUGUUUUUAAACUUUGAAGUUUUUAACCUGUGCUUAAGAUGGAAAAAUUUGGAAUGUUGUAGCCUCGCGUUAAGUGUAUAAAUGCAAUAAAUUAUUUGAAGCUUGAA